UCGCUUCAUCUUUACUCCUCCAGCGGUUACAACUUACAGGCGACAUUCCUCCGUCGCCUUCCACCGUAUUGUACAGCCUCGCAUCUCCGCCGCCGUUGUUGGAGUUCUCUACGCCCUUAUCAACUUCUCGAACUAUUUUUAGUAUUUAGGUUCAAAAAAUCGUAAAAGCUUAAAUGACGGAACCUAGAUUCGAAGUAGUAUUCCUGUAUUCGAUUCUACUUUUCGGUUCAUUUUUGGUGGUGGAAUCCGGCAUUGGAGUGAAUUGGGGCACGAUUUCGUUCCACAAGCUGAAGCCGUCCACCGUGGUUGAUCUCUUGAAAGGCAACAGGAUUGAGAAAGUGAAACUGUUUGAGGCAGACCCGAGUGUGCUGAAGGCUUUAAUGGGGACUGGGAUCCAAGUCAUAGUUGGAAUCCCUAACGAGAUGCUAGCUUCUUUGAGCUCGUCUUCGCUUGCCUCGGAUCUAUGGGUUCGUCAGAAUGUGUCUUCGUAUGUUGUUAAAGGGGGCGUCGAUAUCAGGUAUGUUGCAGUAGGAAAUGAGCCAUUUCUCACCAGUUACAAUGGAGAGUAUCAGUCAUACAUCAUGCCUGCUUUGCUCAAUUUACAACAAUCUUUAGCGAAAGCAAAUCUUGCAAGCUAUGUGAAGUUAGUUGUUCCUUGCAAUGCUGAUGCAUAUGAGUCUUCGCUUCCUUCACAGGGAGCGUUCAGGCCCGAAUUGACUCAAAUUAUGACUCAACUCGUUUCGUUUCUCAACUCAAAUGGCUCGCCAUUUGUUGUGAAUAUCUAUCCAUUUUUGAGCCUCUAUGCGAAUUCUGACUUCCCACAAGACUACGCGUUUUUUGAAGGGACUACCCAUGCUGUCUCAGAUGGAAGUAAUGUUUACUAUAAUGCAUUUGAUGGAAACUAUGACACUUUGGUAUCAGCUCUCACUAAAAUUGGGUAUGGACAGAUGCCAAUUGUUAUAGGGGAGGUGGGUUGGCCCACGGAUGGAGCCAUGGGUGCGAAUCUCACAGCUGCGAGAGUCUUCAACCAAGGCCUGGUUAAUCAUGUUUUAGGCAACAAAGGAACCCCUUUGAGGCCAGGUGUGCCUCCUGUGGACGUCUAUCUUUUCAGCCUACUUGAUGAAGGGGCAAAGAGUGUGCUUCCAGGGAAUUUUGAGAGGCAUUGGGGUCUUUUUUCUUUUGAUGGCCAAGCUAAAUAUCCUCUAAACCUUGGUUUAGGCAAUAAGGUACUGAAAAAUGCAAAAAAUGUGGAGUAUCUUCCUUCUAGAUGGUGCAUUGCAAAUCCGUUCAGGGAUUUAACCGAUGUGACGAAUCACAUAAAGGUAGCAUGUAGCAUUGCAGAUUGCUCGAUGCUCGACUAUGGUGGAUCGUGCAAUGGUAUUGGUGCGAAGGGGAAUAUCUCAUAUGCAUUUAACAGCUACUAUCAGCUACAAAUGCAGAACGAGAAUAGCUGUGAGUUUGAUGGCCUUGGCAUGAUCACGUUCCUAGAUCCCUCCAUUGGCGAAUGUAGGUUCCUUGUUGGCGUCACUGAUAAUCGUUCGCUCAGUUCUCGACCCAUGGCGCUCGCCUGGGUAUCGGUAGUAUGGUUUUUCUGUACUCUGGUAUUUUGAAAACUGGUUGAGAGAGUUUUCCAGGGUUGUCCAUUGAAUCUUCAAGGUAUAGUUGGGGUUAUAGAUAGUAAACAAUAGGCAUUAGUGUUAGAAUGUAAGCAUAUUAGAGCAAAUUAUUGAAGGUUAAGUAUUCAUUUGACUGUGUUCUAGAACAGAAAGUUGACAUGCGAGCAUAAAUGUAUUAUUUAUUCAA